AUUGUGCGAGGAAUCAAUUUUGCGGCCAUGUUUGUAAGGAAAAAUGUCAUACAGGCAAUCCUUGUCCAGAAUGUAAGGACGUCUGUAAUGUUUCUUGCAAUCACACAAAAUGUGAGCUCAAGUGUGGCGAGCCUUGCUCAGUGUGUGCAGAACGGUGUAAUUGGUCAUGUGAGCAUGAAGGAGAAUGCAAUCUUCCAUGUGGUGUACCGUGUUCGAGAUUACCAUGUAAUAAGCAUUGUCAGAGGUCUCUUGAGUGCGGACACAAAUGGCAACUUUGGUAUUUGUGGGGAGGUUUGUCCUUCCUCCAAAUUUUGUGUGGAAUGUGCUCCGGAGAAUGUAAAGAACCAAGUCGUUGAUUUGAUAAUGCAAUCUACAUUUGCCGAGACUGAUUGGAAAACAGAGCUCAUGGUAGUUCUUGACUGCGGUCAUGUAUUUACGGCCGAAACAUUGGACGCAUUUUUAGAGAUGAAAGAAUUUUAUCAUUGUGACAACCAAGGAAAUUGGGUUGGGAUAAAACCUAUUGUUGACAAGCCGGGAAGCCUUAAAUGCUGUCCAAAUUGCC